UUUGUUCAUUUGUUCUUCCAUCCCAUUCGUGAAGGAAAAGGCUCCAAAUAAAUAAAUAAUGCGUCCAAAGUUCUACAUUUUCACUCCUGCUACUGCCUCUUACUCGGUCAAAGUCUUCUCUUUCAUAUCGUCCGUCUUCCUCUUACUCCUUAUAUGAGAACCCAUCAGACCCACAAGAGUCUGUAGUUGCAACCCACAAGGCAAUGAAACUCCAUAAUCUGUUUUUUCCUCUUUUCUUCUCCUUUCUCUUCUCCAUUUCAGUGGCGAUAAUAUCGCCGGGUUCCUCUCUAUCUGCUUCUAACCCAAACCAGACCUGGCUUUCCCCCAAUAGGACAUUUUUCGUGGGAUUUUUCCAGGUGGGUUCCGGCUAUGUCGCCGCCGUCAACUACUUUGGUGGUGUCCCUAUCUGGACUGCUGGUAACCCUUCCGUCGUCGUUGAUGCUGGUGGAACCUUCCAUUUCCGCUCUACGGGCACUCUCCAACUCGUCAACAGCUCUGGUUCUGUCGUCUGGGACUCUAACACUGGCCAUCUCGGUGUUACCUCUGCCUCUCUGGAUGAUUCCGGCAAUUUAGUGCUGCGAAAUGGCACUGGCUUUCCGGUCUGGUCCAGUUUUCAGAAUCCUACGGAUACCAUCGUCCCCAAUCAGAAUUUCACGGUAAACCAAGCUCUUCAAUCUGGGUUAUACUCGUUUCGGCUUCGUAAUCCUGGAAAUCUCACGCUGAGAUGGAAUGAUAGCAUAAUUUACUGGAAUCAAGGUUUGAAUUCAUCUGUCGCUUCUAAUUUGACUUCGCCAGUUUUGGGAUUGCAGCCAAUUGGGAUUUUAUCUAUUGCUGAUGUUACUUUAACUGGUGAAUAUAUCAUGGCUUAUAGUAAUGAUUAUGCAGAGGGUACUAACAUAUUGAGGUUUUUGAAGCUGGACAGUGAUGGGAAUUUGAGGAUUUAUAGUUCUGCUUUAGGUAGUGGAACUACAACUAUGAGAUGGGCAGCUUUGACUGAUCAGUGUCAGGUUUUUGGAUAUUGUGGAAACUUGGGGAUCUGUAGUUAUAAUGAUUCGAGUUCGAAUCCAAUUUGUGGAUGCCCAUCUGAGAAUUUUGAGCCUGUUGAUGUGAAUGAUAGUAGAAAAGGGUGUAAAAGAAAAGUGGAGAUUGAGAAUUGUCCUGGGAGUGCUACAAUGUUGGAGAUGGAUCAUGCCAAGUUCUUGACUUAUCAGCCUGAGCUAUCCUCUCAGGUUUUCUCUGUGGGAAUAUCAGCUUGUAGGUUGAAUUGUCUUGUGAGUAGUUCUUGUGUUGCUUCAACAUCUUUGUCAGAUGGAACCGGGUUGUGUUACUUGAAAACACCAGAAUUUGUUAGUGGAUAUCAGAAUCCGUCACUUCCUAGUACUUCUUACGUCAAGGUUUGUGGACCGGUGCAACCAAACCCCUCUGCUAAUUUGCAAAUUGACGGGAACAGCAAAGGGAGACUGCAUGUGUGGCUUGUUAUUCUCGUUGUUGUGGUUACCCUUGUUGGUUUGGUUGCUAUAGAGAGUGGUUUGUGGUGGUGGUGCUGUAGAAAUAGUCCCAAGUUUGGCAGUUUGUCAGCACAGUAUGCACUGCUUGAGUAUGCAUCUGGUGCACCAGUGCAGUUCUCAUAUAACGACCUGAAUCGUGCAACAAAGGGAUUCAAGGAGAAGCUUGGAGCGGGAGGAUUUGGAGCCGUUUAUAAAGGAAUUCUCGCUAAUAAAACGGUAGUUGCAGUAAAGCGACUUGAGGGAAUUGAGCAGGGCGAGAAACAGUUCAGGAUGGAGGUUGCAACUAUAAGUAGUACUCACCAUUUGAAUUUGGUGAGAUUGAUUGGAUUUUGUUCUGAGGGACGGCAUAGGCUUUUGGUCUAUGAGUUCAUGAAAAAUGGAUCGCUUGAUAAUUUCCUUUUCAAUACAGAUGAGCAGUCAGGGAAAUUGUUGAACUGGGAGCAUAGAUUUAACAUUGCCCUUGGGACUGCAAGAGGAAUCACAUAUCUUCAUGAGGAAUGUCGAGAUUGCAUUGUUCAUUGUGAUAUCAAGCCAGAAAAUAUCCUCUUAGAUGAGAAUUACAAUUCCAAGGUGUCAGAUUUUGGUCUUGCAAAGCUCAUAAAUCCUAAAGAUCAUCGGUAUCGGACCCUCAGAAGUGUCAGAGGGACAAGAGGAUAUUUGGCACCAGAGUGGCUUGCGAAUCUUCCUGUAACUUCCAAAUCUGAUGUUUACAGUUAUGGUAUGGUUUUGCUGGAGUUAGUGAGUGGAAGAAGAAAUUUUGAGAUCUUGGAUGAACCAAAUCGAAAAAAGGUCUCUCUUUGGGCUUAUGAAGAGUUUGAGAAGGGUAACGUGAAGGCCAUUGUGGACAAAAGGCUUGUUGAUCAAGAUGUGGACAUGGAGCAAGCAACGAGGGCAAUUCAGGUGAGCUUUUGGUGUAUCCAAGAGCAACCAUCUCAAAGGCCAAUGAUGGGAAGAGUUGUGCAAAUGCUUGAGGGAAUCACAGAGAUUGAGAAGCCUCCAGCACCAAAGGCAAUAACUGAAGUUUCAGCUGGUGGCACAAGCAUCAACAUGAGCAGCAAUGGCAGUGCUUUCUCAACUUUUGCUGCUUCAGCUUCUGCCCCUGCUCCCUCAUCAUUUUCCUCAUUUCAAACUACUGGAGUUUCGCCUUUGCCUUCAGGGAGGAAUACCGACAAGUUACCUUCAUCACUGUUAGGUUCUGACCGUAACUGAAACAUGUUUUCACAUUCACCCACCCCACAGCACUGAGAAAUCUGUAGCUGGUAAACUUUUACCGGUGAAACAUGAUGCUUGAUCGUGAUGUAUCUUGUUGUAAAAAAUUGUUCUAGUUCUUGCGAGUAGCUUAUAUAUUUAUCAGGAUUGAAGGCUUUUCCAUCCCCAUAUUACUUGCUUGUGUAAUUCAGUUAACUUUAUACAAGAAAGUUGUCAAAAUCAUUAGAAUUAGAAUGGCUUUUGCUAA